CGACGAUAAAUAGAACGAGUUGUUUUGCAGUAAUCAAAAAGACGGGUCGACUAAAUGUUCCGUUAUUUUCAAUCUCUUUCUAAUGCAGGUCAGGUGAUAAAUAGUUGGACUUCAAAACCAUCGGUUGCGAGGUUUUUGACAACCAUUAAUCAAAUGGGAAAGCCAAAGGUUCUUGUUACACGAGAAGAUAUACCGAAGAGUGCUCUAAGCAUACUAGAAGAGAAAUGUGAGAUUGAGGUGAUGCCGAACAAGUCCCCUAUUUCCAGAACAGAUCUUUUAAACAAGAUUUCUGGGAAGCAUGGAAUUUUUUGCUUUCUUACUGACAAGAUUGACAAAGAAGUGCUUGAUCACGCAGGACCACAACUGAAAGUAAUUGGAACGAUGUCAGUUGGCUAUGACCACUUGGACAUCAAUGAAAUCAAGAAGAGAAAUAUUUCUGUAGGCUAUACACCUAAUGUCCUGACAGCUGCUACAGCUGAAUUAACUGUUGCGCUCACAUUAGCAACAACAAGGAGAUUGUUUGAAGCCCAUGAUGAAAUUGCCAAUGGUGGAUGGGCCAAAUGUUCAUGGGGACCUCUAUGGAUGUGUGGAAGUGGACUUGUUGGAGCGAAAGUAGGCAUUGUAGGUCUUGGCAGUAUUGGUCUGGCAGUCGCGAAACGGUUACUUCCUUUUGAGGUGGCGAAAAUUAUGUACUGUGGCAGACAUGAAAAACCAGAAGCCGCUGCCCAAGUGUCAGGAGAAUACGUCACGUUCAACCAACUUCUUCAAGAAUCCGAUGUGGUUAUCAUAACGUGCCCUUUGAACGAUACAACAAGGAAUAUGUUUGGGCCAACGCAAUUCACAUUGAUGAAAUCUAACGCUGUACUUAUCAACACCAGCAGAGGAGGCGUUGUCGAUCAAGAUGCUUUAGUAAAUGCCCUGAAAACGGGACAGAUAACUGCUGCAGGACUUGACGUGAUGACACCUGAACCCUUACCAGUUGACCAUGAACUGACAAAACUGAAAAAUUGCGUUCUGAUCCCACAUAUUGGAAGCGCAACGCUACAAACAAGAACUACUAUGGCAACCAUGACCGCGCAAAAUAUUGUCAAUGCAAUGGAAGGAAAGCCCAUGCCGGCUCAGUUAUGUUGAAGACGAAAAAAACAAAUGGUUAACAUUGCAAAACGCCGAGGAUUAGUAUAUAAAGGAAUGAAUAUGUAAAUGCUUAAACAUAAAUGGUAGGAACUAAA